GAAAGCCAAAAGCCAGUAUAUUUAGAUCUGGCCAAAAGAAAAGAAAAGAAAAAAAAAAAACUACACAGGAAAAAAAUAUUCCUUCAACGAACCGUUCCAUCUCCCUGUGAUUUUCUGCCUUCCGACAGGGCAUUAUUUUUGUGCAUAAACAAGUAAAGAUGGAUAAAAGCUGAAGUGGGUAUUUGCUAGUUUUGAAGAAAAAAGGGGGAAUUUUUCGGGGGGUUCAAAGGCCUAAUUUUCAUGUAAUUUUGGUUCAUAUAGGAGCUUGGUUUUGUGGGUAAACAAGUUUAAGGAGGUUAAAAAGGCUUGUUUUUUGUUUGUUAUGGAAGGAGGGGUAGCCGGAAACACUGUACCACCGAAUUCAUUUGAUAAAUCUAAAGUUUUGGAUGUAAAACCACUACGUUCUUUGCUUCCGGUAUUCCCGGAGGCACCGAAUGGUCCGCCUUUUUUAUGUGCACCUCCUAAUGGUCCUUUCCCGACUGGGUUUUCACCCUUUUUUCCAUUUAGUGGACCACAAGGAACACCGUUGACGCCUGGUCUUAACCAAAAUCUCUUCAAUUCAACUGCUAUGCCGAUUCGCUCGUUUAGAGCCGAACCACCACCAGCUUCUAAUGGUGAAAAUGUGCAAAGCAGUAAUAAACGCAAAUCUGUUGGCCCGAGUUCUGUCAAAAAGAAAGUGAAGAGAAGCAAUGAUUCGGAGCUUGCACUGGCUGCACUUACUAAUUUUAAACCUGGAAUCAUUGCAGCUGAAAAAGAUGAUGGUAACCGGGAACUUGUUGAAAAUGUGCUUAUGAGGUUCGAAGCACUUAGGAGAAAGCUUAGCCAAAUGGAAGAUGCAAAGGAAUCACAUUCUGAGAUUUUCAAGCGUGCUAACUUAAAAGCUGGCAACAUUAUGUUCACGAAAGGGGUACGGACUAAUGGAAAAAAGCGAAUUGGAGUUGUUCCUGGUGUUGAAAUCGGUGACAUUUUCUUCUUCCGAAUGGAGUUGAUUUUAAUCGGGUUGCAUUCUCAAUCCAUGGCUGGAAUUGACUUCAUGCCUAUGAAGGCUGAUAUUGAGGGAGAGCGAGUGGCUAUAAGCAUUGUUUCGUCCGGAGGGUAUGAAGACGAUGCUGAAGAUCCCGAUGUUUUGGUAUACACCGGGCAAGGUGGGAAUGCUAGUGCCGAUAAAGAAGCAUCCGAUCAGAAGCUUGUGAGGGGCAAUCUUGCUUUGGAAAGGAGCUUGCACCGAGCCAAUGAAGUAAGAGUUAUUCGGGGUUUCAAGGAUGCUACUCAUCAAACUUCUAAGGUUUAUGUAUACGAUGGGCUUUACAAGGUCCAAGAGUCGUGGAUGGAGAAAGGGAAAACGGGUUGUAACAUGUUCAAGUAUAAAUUAGUAAGGCUUCCCGGGCAAACGGGUGCAUUUUCGACAUGGAAAUCCAUUCGGAAAUGGAAAGAAGAUCCAUCUUCAAGAGAUGGACUUAUUCUUCCAGACCUCACUUCAGGUGCUGAAAGCAUACCUGUUUCACUUGUAAAUGAGGUCGAUGAUGAAAAGGGACCUGCUUAUUUCACAUAUGUCUCGACUGUUAAAUAUCCAAAAUCAUUCAAAUUAGUACAACCUUCAUACGGAUGCAAUUGCCGUGAUGCAUGUCAAGCAGGAAAUUCAAACUGUUCCUGCAUUCAAAAAAACGGAGGCGAUUUCCCUUACAUUACCACUGGGAUUCUAGCUUGUCGAAUGCCUAUGAUAUUUGAAUGUGGUUCCUCGUGCCCUUGUUUUCGUAACUGCAAAAACCGGGUUUUACAAACUGGUUUUAAAGUUCACUUUGAAGUUUUUAAGACACGAGACAAGGGUUGGGGUCUACGGUCAUGGGAUCCUAUUCGUGCAGGUACGUUUAUUUGUGAAUACGCAGGUGAAGUUAUUGAAAAAAUUAAGGAAAAAGCAGACGGGGAUGACGGUGAAAACAACGAUUAUGUUUUCAAUACUAAUCGAGUGUAUGAAUCCUUCAAAUGGAAUCAUGAAACCGAGUCAGCAGAGGAAAGAUCUGACACUAGUGAAAAGUUCGAUAUUCCGUCUCCUCUAAUCAUAAGUUCAAAGAACAGUGGAAACAUAGCUCGAUUUAUGAAUCAUAGUUGCUCCCCGAAUGUUUUUUGGCAACCGAUCAUGUUUGAACAUAACAAUGAAGCUUUUCUCCAUAUUGCUUUCUUUGCUAAGAAACACAUACCUCCAAUGACCGAGUUGACAUACGAUUACGGUAUUCCACAGUCGGAUGAAGCCGAAAGUAACAACAUGGAACACGGGAAGAAGAAGUGCUUAUGCGGAUCGCUGAAAUGCAGAGGCUACUUUUAUUGAGGUUACAAAAAAGCUGUAUCAUGUAGACAAGCAAAGACUUUUUGGGUUUUUGGAUAUCUAAUCAUGUAAUUCUAUAUGCUUUUUCAUCUCUAGUUUUUGUAGCUCAGAACUGACAACAUAUGUGAACCAAAGCAUGAUGAUGUUUUUUUGUUGUUGUUGUUGUUCUCUGGUUUGUAGGAAGUUAGGUUUUGGUUUCAGGUUCACUUUGUUUUCAUAUUUCACAAUAGUAAUAACAGUCAGGAUUUGAAUUUUGAAUAUCUAAAA